CUGGCGAUCCGUUUCCCGUCCACUGUGGGGCGCUAAUACGAGAAUUUAGAUGCCGAGCGGUCAAACUAACGCAGAAGAAGAAGAAGUGGGUGGCAGGUGCCUGACGCGCCUGUCUUUUAUCAGCUGCUGUUGGACUCAGAGUAAAUAUCAGGAUGGCACAGUGGGGUGCCAUAUUCUCAAUAAUUGCAGCUCUGGGAGGAGCGGCGCUUUUAGCCUCCGUGCACAAGAUCGAUGAGGGGCACACUGGAGUCUACUACAGGGGCGGGGCUCUCCUCACCACUACCAGCAGCCCUGGUUUCCAUCUCAUGCUUCCAUUCAUCACCACCUACAAGUCUGUUCAGACGACGCUGCAGACAGACGAGGUGAAGAACGUACCAUGCGGCACAAGUGGAGGAGUGAUGAUUUACUUUGACCGCAUAGAAGUAGUGAACUACCUCAUUCCAUCAGCUGUGUAUGACAUAGUGAGGAACUUCACAGCAGAUUACGACAAAGCGCUGAUAUUCAACAAGGUUCACCACGAGCUCAACCAGUUCUGCAGUGUUCACUCACUGCAGGAGGUGUACAUCGGCUUAUUUGACCAGAUCGAUGAAAACCUGAAGCUGACACUACAAAAGGAUCUAACUUCCAUGGCACCUGGACUUAUUAUACAGGCAGUCCGUGUCACUAAACCCAAUAUCCCAGAGAGCAUUCGCAGGAACUAUGAGCUCAUGGAGAGCGAGAAGACGAAGCUGCUCAUCUCUCAACAGACACAGAAGGUUGUAGAGAAGGAGGCAGAGACAGAAAGGAUCAAAGCUGUCAUAGAGGCUGAAAAAGUGGCACAAGUGGCAGAGAUCAAGUUUGGACAGAAAGUCAUGGAGAAGGAAACGGAAAAAAAGAUCUCUGAAAUUGAAGACGGUGCUUUCCUGGCCCGGCAGAGAGCCAGAGCAGAUGCAGAGUUCUACACAGCACAGAGAGCUGCCGAGGCCAAUAAGAUGAAGUUAACACCAGAGUACCUGCAGCUAAUGAAGUACAAAGCCAUCGCAACCAACAGCAAAAUCUACUUUGGGAACGACAUACCCAAGAUGUUUGUGGACUCUGGCUCUGCAGGGAGCUCUAUAAUGGCCUCUGCAGCCAUGGACAUUGAUGGUGAGCAGAUCUUGGACUUGGAUUAGUAAGGAAAGUAGUGGAACCUACAGGACCACCCAGGGGUGGAGGACUAUCUGUUGGAGGGCAGGAGCCCGGCCCACGGGCUGGUUGGCUGGCAGGUUCUCCCUCUGGCCCAGAGAAGCUCUGCUGACCUGGGCCCGUAUUUCUCAAACAUCUUUGAUCACUGUUAGAAAUCACACUGAAAGAUUGACUGUCAAAUGUUCCUACCUCACAGCAGAGGACUUGAGUCAUUUAUGAGGACACACUGAGAUAAUCUUGACUCAGUAAAUUUUAGAGAUAGGGGAUAAGAUGGCAUCAUCCAUGCUUAGAAUGAGUCAUUUAGCCAGGCAUGCUUUUGAAGGAAAUGACUGUGUUGUUACUCAAUCUGGUCUGUGCUUCAUGUGCUCUCAGCUGCAACAUGAAGGAUCAACCAAUCUAUUACUCAUGCGUUCAUACUUUCAUUUACGUUUUGUGUGUUUGAAGCUGUGAUAUCUGCUACCUGUCGAAGAAAAGACAAAAAUGCUUUAAAAUAAUCUUCAAAAUGUAAAAUCAGACUCCGUUACUUUGGCCUAACUUCAGCCUGUUUGGCUGCUCAGCUGACUCACUUGUUAUUUUCACUUUUAACAUAACAAACAGAUGGCAGACAUUAAGAUAUCUCAGCUAAAGCUGUCUCCUUUAAGUUAGCCUAAACUCAGAUUGCAUCCAUGACUGGCUCAUUGUAACCUGGCUGUGCUCAUCUGUAAACCUCAUAAAGUGGAAUGUAGUUGGUACAUUAUUACUAUUGGUCUUGAAAUAUAUGCUUACUACUGCAGAUAGUAAGCGAUUUAGCUCGACAGUUGCAUCUUACAUAAGCACAAACUCAUAGUUAAUCCAUGUGUAACACUUUGCCACUCCUGUUUUUUUGGUUUUGAAAAGGUGAUGUAAGAAAAAGACACCAGAUUAUCAGUCUUUGUGCAGCCUAACAAUCAAUGUUCAAUGAAGGGGCUUAGUUGGCAGCAGUCCCAGGAAGAAACAUAUCUCUUUAAUCCAGUAAAUCUCUUCUUAAUGACAUGUUCUACAUUCACACAAGUUCAGGUUGGACAAGCUCUGCAGCUCUGCUAGAAGACUUAGUAUGACUUAUCAAUAUUAAUAAUGUAACUAAAAUGUUGAGUUUUUUCUGCUGAAAAGACGAAGUCUGGGUCACUCUGAGGAUCAGGUCAGGCUGUGAUUUCUCACUCUAAACUGCUUGAAAAAGACGGGCCCUGAGCAGAUGUGUCACUUCAGAAUAAACAGAGGGAUGACGAAUGCACUGUGUGGUAGCUGCUGGCUGUCUGAUAAAAUCAUCACUCCAUUUGUUUGUAUACGUAUGUUUUCUUUUUCGUUCUUUUUGUAAGAUUUAUUUCAUGCACAGGGGACCUAUUGAAUUUGUGCAGCUGUAUGAAGUUGCGCCACAUUUUGCUGUAUAUUUAUGUAGCACACUGUACAUUUAGCAGCCUAUAUUUGCUGUGUAUCUGUUUUGCAUUAGAAGUAACCACUUUGAAAAGAUUGUGAUGGUCUAUCACACGAAAAACCACUUUCAUAUCAGACAUCAGGUUUUCAAAUCAUUACAGCUAUUUUUGAUAAUUUUAUGUAAAUGAUUGGUGUAUGCCCUGUAAGAAUCUUCACUGAACACAUGGUAGUGCAUUUUCUUUCUGCCUUUGGCAAUAUGACCCACUGCCCUGGAAGAGAGAGGGUAAGUUGACUCACUCGAAAUAGUCCCUUUUUUUCCCCCAGUUCUUUAUUGCUCAAUAGUUUCGUUCCCUGGAAAUCCUUCUUAACCUAACUCUGGAUUUGAUCACGACUGAAAACCAAACUCUUUCUCUGUCUGAUGACCUAUGGUCAACAUUGUGGAUUUACAGCAAGUGUGAUGUUACACAUUACACGGGUCAAUGACCAAAUGUGUUUUCUAAGGGACCGCUGAUUUGUGUUGAUGUAGUAGAGGAGGAAUGUAUACAGACAUUGAAAUUAGGAACUUGUGUCCUGGAUUCUCUGUAAAUGGCUCCCUGACAUCAUCUGAAGUGCUACAGUUAGCCCUCAAAGUGACUUCCAGCUUUUCAGAUUUUCUCUGCCUGAUUGAGACUUCCAGUGACUUGAAAGGCAAAUGUUUUUGCACUCAUCUCAUUUGUUAAUGUGCAAUGAAGAUAUUGUCAUUUGAUAGGAACUUGUGGGUAAUUCUUUUAGAAAUCAAUGGCAUUAAGAUUUUUUUUAAUUUACAUUGCAAGUCCAUUGUGAUGUACAAGAUGUUUGUUAUUAAUAAAAGGGUUUCAAACACAAUAAAACAUGCAGUCACAGCC